AUGGAGUACAUUGACCAGUACGUGGAUAAGCACUUCAAUGGCCAUGUCAUCCAGGACUGGUUGACCCAGCACGCGGACAUCUGCAUUUACAUCGCUGGUCUUUACCUCGCCUUCGUCUUCAAAGGCCCCGACUUGGUCGCGAAGGUGGUGCCGCAGACCAAAGCCUCCAUUGCGAUUAUAAAGAAGUUCUGGGCGGUGUGGAAUCUGCUGUUGUCGGUGUUCUCGCUGUACGGCUCGCUGCACAUCACCCCCCUGCUGAUUAGGAACUUCAAGGAACGUGGCAUGCGCGACACCCUCUGCACGCUGAAGGAGGAUGAAUUCUUCUCGUCCAGGUAUGGCUUUGCAAUGGCAAUGUUCGCCAUCUCGAAGUUCCCCGAGUUCAUGGACACCUUCUUCCUGAUCCUGACGGGAAAGCGCCGGUUGCCGUUCCUGUCAUGGUUCCAUCACGUCACCAUCUUUAUCUAUUGCUGGUACGCGUACCAGCAGGGCUCCAGCAUCCUUAUCAUCUUUGCCUCCAUGAACUACGUCGUGCACACCAUCAUGUACUUCUACUUCGCCCUCGCGGAGGCUGGGUACAAGAGUCUCGUGAAGCCCUUCGCCAUGUACAUCACCCUUCUGCAGAUCCUCCAGAUGAUCGGCGGCCUGUACAUGACGAGCGCCUUUAUCAUUUAUAAGUCCGAGAACAAUGGCACCGGCUGUGAAGGCGCGACGAUGGCGCUUGCGCGUGGCCAAAUGGUAAUUUACGCCUUCUGCUUUUAUUUAUUCUCCAAAAUGUUUGUCGAGAACUACGUCCUCCCACCCAAGCAGGUGCCCGUGCAGGGGGGUAGCAAGAGGGACUAA